AUGUCCGACGAAAUUGUCUGGCAGGUGAUUAACCAGCAGUUUUGUUCCUACAAACUCAAAACUACAAAGGAACAAAACUUUUGUCGCAAUGAAUACAACGUGACAGGUCUCUGCAACCGGCAGUCCUGCCCACUCGCCAACUCGCGAUAUGCGACAGUCCGCUCGGACCCUGAGACGGGCACAAUGUACCUGUACAUGAAAACCAUUGAACGAGCCCACAUGCCCAACAAAUGGUGGGAGCGAAUUCGGUUGUCGUCAAACUACGCAAAGGCGCUGGAACAGCUCGACGAACGCCUGAUCUACUGGCCGAAAUUCCUGACGCACAAGUGCAAGCAGCGUCUGACGCGGCUGACGCAGGUGAACAUUCGCAUGCGUAACAUCGCGAAGGAAGAUGAGCGGCUCGGCGAGAAGGUUGUUCCUAAGCUGGCGCCGAAGAUCCGUCGUCGGGAGGAGACGCGUGAGCGAAAGGCGCUUUCUGCGGCGAAGGUGGAGCGGUCCAUUGAGCGGGAGCUUAUUGAGCGUCUGCGCAGUGGUGCGUACGGUGAUCAGCCGCUGAAUGUGGAUGAAAAUAUCUGGAAGAAAGUGUUGCGUGGUCUUGAGCGUUCUGGUGAUGGUGAGCGCGAUGAGGAUAUGGAUGACGGGGAGGAGAUUGAGGAUGAGGAGGAGGAGGGUGUUGGUGAGGUCGAGUAUGUCUCUGACCUGGACGAGGAGGAGGAUCUCGAGGAUAUCGAGGAUUGGUUGGGUGAGGGCUCUGGCGACAGUGAUGAUGAGUCUGAUGAGGAGAGCGACGAGGAGAGUGACGAUGACAGCGAGCCUAGCGAGGAUGAGAAGAAGCCUAAGCCUGGUGCGAAGCGGAAGGCUCCUGCGCCCCAGGUCAAGCCCCGGAAGAAGGGUCCUCGUAUCGAGAUCGAGUACGAAACCGAAGGCGCUGGCAAGGAGCAUCUUAUGGCGUAA